AUGAAGAGGCAGAAUUCGGCCAAGACACCCAGACCGCCCAAAACCGUGCCCAAAAACGACCACUACCAGCGGCUCGGGUUCCUGUACCAGGCGGCCGCGCAGCUGGACCCCAACAGCGCGCUGUCUCGGAUGUACCUGCGCAACAUGGACGCGGUGGCCAAGAAAACGGUGCUCAAACUCGACCCCAGCGUGAAACGCACCGUGUGCAAGAAAUGCCACCGUCUACAGUUGCCUGGACGAACCGCGUCGAUCAGGGUCGAAAACACCAGCAACGCCCAGAGCGCAGAAAACGACGUUCUUGCUGUCUCGUGCGUGUGCGGAGCACACAAACGGUACCCUAUAGGAAAAAACCGCAGCUACGUGCUUUUCAGCGACAAGAACGAGAUAAAAAAUAAUUAG